UUUUCUUUCCUCUAACGCGAAUCAGAGUCGACGGUAGACCCCAACAAAAGCCAUAUUAGAACCCUUCUACUCUCCUCCCCUGCCAUUAGCCGUCAAGUUCAAGAAUAGCGUCCUUUCUCCAAUGGAACCCUCCGCCCUGUUCUCCUACUCCUUCAAACCGGAUCUGCGCGCUGGAGCCUUCGCCCCGGCCUCUUACUCUCGCUCAGCUCACCAGCUCCAGGGACAGAAGCCUCUCUUCUUUCCCCUUCCGCACCCGUUUCCUGCCAGGAUGAGGGGGCGACGCUUCGUGGCCCUUGUUCCGAGGGCCGCCUCUGAGGUGCUCGACGGUGGGCCGAGCCGAAGUGGAGGAGGAGGGCGGAGAGUCUACCGGCAGUCUCAGGCCGUGAGGGGUUUGCCCUCGGGGCCCGUGAAGGAGAUUGCCUCCUUCGUUGCGCCGGCUGGAGCUUUUCUUGCUGUUACCUUCGUCUUAUGGAAGGUGGUUGAAAGAGUACUUGUGCCAAAACCGAAGUAUCCAACUUCUGCGGAGACAGGAUCCUCUUUACCUGGAAUAAAGUGGUCAUUCGCACCAGGAACUAAUUUGCCAUCAGGUAAUAGUCUCAAAAUUGAAAGGGAAUCCAGACAGAGGCUCAAUGAAUUUGCCAAAGAAUUGAGGUCAUUUAGAAGUGUUGACAUGUCAGGUCGUAACUUUGGGGAUGAUGGGCUAUUCUUCCUUGCUGAAGGCUUAGGCUACAAUCAGAAUGCAGAGGAAGUAAACUUUUCUGGCAAUGGGAUAACAGCAGUUGGAUUAAAAGCUUUUGAUGGUAUUCUUCAAACAAAUAUUGUAUUAAAAACUUUGAACCUUUCUGGAAAUGCCAUUGGUGAUGAAGGAGCUAAGUGCCUUUCAGAUAUUUUAAUGGGGAAUGCAGGUAUUCAAAAACUCCAGCUGAACAGUACUGGUCUAGGAGAUGAGGGAGCAAGGGCUAUAGCAGAGAUGCUGAAAAAGAACUCAACCUUGCGUGUUUUAGAACUUAACAACAACAUGAUUGACUACACUGGGUUUGCAAGUCUUGCUGGAGCACUCCUUGAAAACAAUGCAAUUCGGUCAAUACAUCUCAACGGCAACUAUGGCGGUCCACUUGGUGCAGCAAGUCUAGCUAAAGGUAUUGAAGGGAACAAGUCUUUAAGGGAACUUCAUUUGCAUGGGAAUGAUAUUGGGAAUGAGGGCAUACGUGCGUUGAUGUCGGGUUUAUCUGCCCAUAGAGGAAAAAUAACACUUUUAGAUAUUGGCAACAAUGACAUUGGUUCCAAAGGUGCUUUCCACGUUGCUGAGUUUAUCAAGAAAACCAAAUCCUUGCUAUGGUUGAACCUUUAUAUGAAUGACAUUGGCGACGAGGGAGCUGAAAGAAUUGCAGAUGCUUUGAAGCUGAACCGAACAAUAACUACCGUAGAUUUGGGUGGUAACAACAUUCAUGCAAGUGGUGCGAGUGCGAUAGCUAGUGUUCUGAAAGAUAAUUCAACCAUCACAACAUUGGAAUUAGGCUACAACCCAAUAGGACCUGAUGGGGCAAAGGCUCUAUGUGAAGUUCUCAAGUUCCAUGGGAAGAUAGAGACACUAAAGCUUGGUUGGUGUCAGAUAGGACCAAAGGGUGCUGAGUAUAUUGCCGAUUGUUUGAAGUACAAUACCACACUAUCUACUUUGGACCUGCGGGCAAAUGGACUUGGAGAUGAUGGUGCAAUAUGCUUGGCUCGCAGCUUGAAGAUUGUCAACGAAGCUCUGACAUCACUUGAUUUAGGUUUCAAUGAGAUAAGAGACAAAGGAGCAUUUGCUCUCGCACAAGCACUCAAAGCAAAUGAAGAUCUUGCUGUCACAUCCUUGAACCUUGCAAGCAAUUUCCUUACCAAAUACGGACAGGUUGCUUUGACGGAGGCUCAAGACCAUGUUUAUGAAAUGAGCGAGAAGGAAAUCAACAUUUACUUUUAGCCUUCAUUUACUUGGCACGCCCAAUUUGACUGCCUCGUAUUCUUUCUUCCUGUCCCACAUGGAUGCAUGAACAUAUGUAAGGCUUACUGCAUUACUAGUUUAUAUGGUUUCACUCCGAGUAAGUGCAUCUGAUGAGGUAUUUAUCAGUUCAAUUAAAUUCUUUAGAGAAGCAAGUGGGGGAGUUGGGCAGAGCAUGCAGCAUGAUAGCUGAAGAAAAUUUUGAUUUGUUUAGUUUAUAUCAGCAUCUGCCUCUAGACAGUGCCAAUGCAUGUGUACUAUGUCUUUCUGAAAUUUUAGUUUCAUAAUUUUGUAAAAUUUACAUAUUUGGAUUGUUUUAAUAAUUGAUAAUAAAUCAUUCUUUUGUAGUUUCUUA